CUCAGACUCUCACAUGAAGGCUGUGAUUGUUCGUACCCUUUUUUCAACAACAACUGUAUAUAUAUAUAUAAAAUCAGCCAUAGCAACAACAGAUAUACGCGCACAGUCACACAUAAUGAGCUAUUUAGUAUUCGGAUCGACUGGCUACAUCGGGUCCAGACUCGUAGCCCUAUUGAAAGAUGAUGGAAAAUCUGUACACUGUGCCAAAUCUCGCAUUGAGAAUUAUGUCGACACCGCGAAUGAAUUAGAUGAAAUCAAACCUGCAUAUGUACUGCACGCCGCCGGCCUCACUGGUCGACCUAAUAUUGACUGGUGUGAGGUAAAUAAAAUCCAGACUGUGCAAGUCAACGUGAUUGCGAGUCAGAACCUUGCGGAUAUGUGCUACCAGAGAGGCAUCCACAUGACGAACUACGCAACUGGCUGCAUCUACGACUACGUAGAGGGUACGGAGCACGCAUGCGGCGGAAACCCCUUUACGGAAGAGGACGAGCCUAAUUACAAGGGAUCCUUCUACUCGGAGACCAAGAUUUACGCCGAGAAAAUCAUCUCUCAAUUCCCGAAUGUCUUGACACUACGCGUCCGGAUGCCUAUCUCAGCUGAUUUGCAUCCCAGAAGUUUUGUGACGAAGAUUGCCCAAUACGAGAAGUUGAUCAACUAUCCCAACUCUGUCAGCGUACUAACCGAGCUGUUGCCCAUUUCCCUGGACAUGACCUCGAAGAAGCUUACUGGUUUGUACAAUUUUACCAACCCGGGUACCGUUUCCCACAACGAAGUGAUGGAUUUGUACCGCGAAUUUAUCGAUCCCACCAAGGUCACCACUAAUUUCAGCAUUGAAGAACAAGCUAAAGUGAUCAAAUCAGGUCGCUGCAAUAACCAUCUAGAUGUGAGUAAGCUACAGAAACUGUAUCCCGAAAUUCCAGAAGUGCAUGUGGCACUAAGGCGUGCAUUCGAGAAGAUGUCCAACGAUGGGUUGGCUGUAAAGCGAGAGGAGUAAAUAUAACCCAGCCGCUUGCUUGUGGGCAAAUCAGUCAGUCACAUGGUUACAGUUUUAUUUCGUCGCAGAUAAGUGAGCAAUUGCAUUUUUGCAUCGCAGAUAAAAAAGCAAUUGCAUUAUUGCAUCGCAGAUAAAUGAUGCACGAAAAUAUUUUGCUUUCGUAUCAUGGUCAGUUUUAUUAGUAGUAUAAAAAAACAGACGCAGCAGGUCGCAACACCGCGAGCAUACUGCACCACAGCACCCCGCACCAUACCGUUGCUUUGAACAAGGUAAAACAAAAUUGCCGUCAAUCGUAUCAGCUUUUCAACCUGCAUAGUCGGAAAGUAUAUCAUCAAAUGUGUGAAUAUAUACGACUAUGUAGCAGUGCUAUAGUCAUACACGCCAUGAAUAAAUUGGUGUCUAUCAUUUUAUUAGCAAAAGAUUUCUCUGGUAUACUAGGCAAAGUACACCUUUGAGUAAGUUAUACUUGUUUCUUAAA